AUUACUUCAGAGUAUAUAAAUAUAAAUCUAUAUAGGAGUGAAAUGAGCCUUUAAUUCAACCACUGCAAAGACCAUUGAAUCUGGUUGGGAAGGAGGGGAGAGAGAGAGAGAGAGAGAGUUUUUUAUUUCCUACUUUUAAGGUCUCGCCGUCAUUGGGUGCCACUGCCACAGAGUUGUUCUUUUUUUUUUAUUUAUGAUUUCAGCAGAGAGAACCAUGGUGGCUGCAUUAAAGUAAGAAGCUUUUACUACGCCUAAAGUCUUGACUGACGAAGAGGAGCCAAGCAGACCCAGAGCUGGAUUUUUGAGGCAAUUAUUUCUGCCAAUUCUUCAAACUCUUUAUCCCCAUUUAUACAAGUCUGUGCUACACCUGGUCUGCCUGUUAGUUUCUUUGGCUUUUCCUUUUUCAUCCAAGACAGAAUAUUUGGGGGUCAUUCACACAUCUCUGCUUGAUUUUCUUCAAUCUUUUUACACGAAAGAGACAACUCAGAACAAGAUUCUACCAGGAUUUAGACGUUAAAACAAUGUUGCCCCAAAAGCAAGCAGAAGAAGCUAUCGUCUCCAACUUUAGCGAGACGGGUCAUGAAACCAGAGAAGAAGAAAAUGAAGAUGAGCAACAACAAUCGAUGUUCAGCGUUACGAACUUACUCUGGCAUGGUGGCUCCGCCUGGGAUGCCUGGUUCAGCUGCGCCUCCAAUCAAGUGGCGCAAGUGCUAUUGACACUUCCCUAUUCCUUCUCUCAGUUGGGGAUGCUGUCAGGGAUUCUACUUCAGGUAUUUUAUGGACUGAUGGGAAGUUGGACUGCAUAUCUCAUCAGUGUGCUGUAUAUAGAAUAUAGAAGCAGGAAGGAGAAAGAGAAUGUCAGCUUCAAAAACCAUGUCAUCCAGUGGUUUGAAGUGCUUGAUGGGUUGCUGGGUCCGUACUGGAAGGCAGCUGGACUUGCUUUCAACUGUACUUUCCUCUUAUUCGGAUCUGUCAUACAACUCAUAGCUUGUGCGAGUAAUAUUUACUACAUCAAUGAUAAGCUGGAUAAACGGACAUGGACCUACAUCUUCGGUGCUUGCUGCGCAACCACAGUUUUCAUACCAUCCUUUCACAACUAUCGGAUUUGGUCUUUCAUUGGCCUUGGGAUGACUACCUAUACGGCCUGGUACAUGGCCAUAGCUGCUGUUCUUCACGGCCAGGCUGAGGGCGUAACUCACAGUGGUCCAACAAAGCUAGUACUCUACUUCACCGGAGCUACCAACAUUCUCUACACCUUCGGCGGACAUGCGGUGACUGUGGAAAUAAUGCAUGCAAUGUGGAAGCCUCAAAAAUUCAAGUGCAUAUAUUUGUUGGCCACAUUGUAUGUUUUUACCCUAACAAUUCCAUCUGCUUCAGCCGUGUACUGGGCAUUUGGGGACCAGCUUCUCAACCACUCCAAUGCCUUUUCUCUCCUCCCUAAGACCGGUUUCCGUGACGCCGCCGUCAUCCUAAUGCUUAUUCACCAGUUUAUAACAUUUGGUUUUGCUUGUACUCCAUUGUACUUCGUGUGGGAGAAAGUGAUAGGGAUGCAUGACACGAGAAGCAUUUGUUUGAGGGCGCUGGCUAGGCUGCCAGUGGUGAUUCCGAUCUGGUUCUUAGCCAUCAUCUUCCCAUUCUUCGGACCCAUAAACUCAGCAGUUGGUGCUCUUUUGGUUAGUUUCACCGUCUACAUCAUCCCAGCUUUAGCCCAUAUGCUCACCUACAGAACAGCAUCUGCCCGACAGAAUGCUGCAGAAAAGCCUCCAUUCUUCUUGCCAAGCUGGACUGCAAUGUAUGCAAUAAACGCCGUGGUUGUGAUGUGGGUGCUAGUGGUUGGAUUUGGGUUCGGUGGAUGGGCUAGCAUGACCAAUUUUGUCAGGCAAAUUGACACUUUCGGGUUGUUUGCAAAGUGCUAUCAGUGCAAGCCUCCAACACCAGCAGCUGCACAGCACCACUAGUCUUACUCAUGAAUCCAAACCCCAACAAAAAAAUUGAAUUCUCUCUUUUUACUCCAUGUUUUGUAUCAUACAUAGGGAGAUAGCAAAACCUCCCCUACAUGUGAUGUGUGUUAGAUUUUGCCUUUUCUCCUUUUUAUAUAUAUAUUUAUCCCCUCCCCCCUCUCUAAAUUAGUUGUUCAAUUAAAAUAGUGUGCUUAAUAGUGAUGAUUCCUUUUUGUGUCAUGGCAAAGGCCUAAAAUUAAUCAUAAAAUAGUCUUAUAUGUUUAGCUUCA